AUGCCACAAGUCGCGCUCUCCACGAUGAUUGCUGCAUCACCACCCUGCUGGCAGCCCCCGGGACUUUCAGCCUCCAAACAGAACCUCUUUCGGCUCCAAGGUAACGACAACCUCAGAGCGUUGGAUGUCCGGAUUACAUACUUCGAAGCGGCAAAUUCCCAAGAGAUGAUGCGGCCAUUGAAGCGUUUGCUUAUGUCUUGUCCUAACCUUGGCCGAUUGAAGUUGGUUAUCGCUUAUCCAAGCGGUGGCUGUGUGGUCGAGGGACCCUCGCGGCAAUACUACGGUCUCGGUUUUCAGGACGGAGAGCGCCUGCCGUCUCUGGAGGAGUUGGCCCCGACAACAUAUCCCUUCGGCGACGAGCGCAGAACAGAAGGCUACCCAGAGAAGGGCACCGAGAUCCAUUACUGGGCCUCCAACAUGGACUGGUCACUUUUGUUCUGCUCGCCCAAGCUCGUCGCGUUGGAGGUCUUCGACCACUACGAUGACGACUGGUAUCCUGAGGCCAUCCAGAGUUUCUACCUCCAUGUCCCCGCGGCGCUGAGAAGCAUCUCUACCACCACUCUCAAGACGGUCACGCUUGAGGGUAUCAUACGGCAUGCAGAUACGCUAGAAGAGCUUCGCAUACAUCAAGCGGAGGCGGAAGCGCACCAACCAAGCUGGGAGUCCGGGGCCGUUGAUCUCGCAUCGCUGAAACGCAUUCAGCAGGAAUGUCGCAAAAUUGCAACACUGACGCUGGACGUUCCGCGUUCUGGUGGAUGGCCGUAUGCUGCGUUCGAUGUACUUGCCUCCUUUCCAGCCCUGAGGGAGCUGGAGAUCUGGUUCGAUAUUGGACUGUGCGACGCCGACAGGCCAGUCAAGCCAUACGUCACGAUUUCGGCGGCGAGGCAUAUAUUCGAGUACCUCCUUUCUGGACGACCUAGUGGUUCCUCGCAGUUGCAAACAGUAACCCUACACUCGGACGCCCCGUAUUGGCCAGAAUCCGGAUGGCUACAGUCCCCCGAAUCGUACUGGGCGCACUACAACAGCACGUUGUUCCACUGCCGGAUUUCAGAGCUAGACGACGAGGCGAUCCUUGGCUUGUUCUCCGUUGAAUGCCCGAAAGUCGCAGCGGCCGAGAAAAGGCAGAAGGUCUAA